ACCUAAUAAGAUGCGGACUUUGGUCUGCUAAACCAGCACGCCAUAUCUGCCCUAUCAGACGUGCUGUUCAAGGUAAAAUCAGACGUUUUGCCUCCGUAGAACGAGUGAGCAUGAUGAAUCUCAUAUAUAGGCCGUGACCAAGUUGUGUCUUUCGUGUAAUUACCUUGUCACCUCUUACUUCUCUCCCACAUGGCAGGCUCGUUAUUCAAGCGUGCCGUUGCUCGCGUGAAGGGCAACGAAGGAAAUGCCGCAUUAACCCCAGAUGGUUUUGCGGAGUCGACGACAUUGGAUGAGAAGACCGCAGCUGGACUCACUGGUACUGGAAAAAUUGAACCGACAUCGAAGACAUAUGGACUUGAAAUUGGUGACGAGGAAGUCAAGGCUGGAAAGUCUUCCGACGUUGACAGCGAGGAAUUCGAUGAUGACGAUGAAGCUGUUAGGGAUAUUCCUCCAGCAGUAAGACGUAUUGUCUCCAUGACCGACAAUCCAGAGGAGCUCACUCUUACUUUCCGAUACUUUGUUCUCGCUAUUCUCUUUAUCGUUCCUGGAGCUUUCCUUUCUCAGAUGUCAUACUUCAGAACGACUUCAGCAGCAUAUUCAGUCUUCUUUGUCCAGAUCGCAUCAAACUAUGUGGGCAUCUGGCUCGCAAAGAUUUUGCCCAACAAGAAGAUACUCGGCAUCAACUUGAAUCCUGGACCAUGGAGCACUAAGGAGCAUGUGCUCGUCACCCUGUCAGCUGCCUCUGGAGCGACCUAUAACCUUGCAUAUGCACCAGUCUCGAUUGCUGAGCUCUAUUUCGGCGAGCCCAUGAAUCCUGGUGUUGCCAUAUUCUUCAUGUGGAGUGUAGUCGUUACUGGCUACUCAUUUGCUGCCAUCUCACGUCAGUUCCUACUCUAUGAUCCGCAAUAUCCUUGGUUUCAAGCACUUUGUCAGACUGCCUUGUUCGAAUCGCAGAAGAAGGAGAGAAAUAACCCGACUCCGCUUUCGAAGAAGCAGAUGAGAAUCUUCUUCGCUGUCUUCUUUGGUGUUGCUGCGUGGCAGUUCUUCCCUGAGUUCAUCUUUCCGAUGACUGGAAGUCUCGCUUUCUUGUGUUGGGUUGCUCCCAGAAAUCCUGUGGCCAACUUCAUCGGUUCUGGUUUUGGUGGCAUGGGCUUCCUCAACCUCAGUCUUGACUGGUCCAAUCUGAGCACCAACGGCAAUCUUUUUUUGUUGCCUUGGUGGACUCAAGUCAUCAUGUUCAUUGCCUUUGCUUUCAACUGUUGGGUGUUGCUUCCUGCUGCGAAGUGGGGCAAUCUCUCCGAGUUCAAGCCUGGCCUCAUGUCUACUAGUGUUCUUCAAGGCAAUGGCACUAAGUAUCCUUUGACGAAGCUUGUUACCUCUCAAGGAACAUUCAAUCAGACUGCUUAUGAAGAAUAUGGUCCUCUCUAUCUUGGAGCUCAAAUGCUUUGGGGCAUCUUUUUCUCUUACGCGGCGUUCUUGUCUGCCUGGGUCUGGGCCGCCCUUUUCGGAUGGUCAUCGUUCAAGGAGGCGUUCUCAAAGUUCAAGAAGAGAAACAAGGGAGGCGACAAAGGAGGCAUCAACAACCAAUACAAUGAUCAACUCAACAUUCUCAUGAGAUCAUACAAGGAGGUACCCCUCUGGUGGUACGCAGCUCUCUUUGCCUGCUCGUUCGUCUCUAUCGUUACCAUGGCCGCUGCUGGCAAAAUUUAUAUUCCGGUCUGGACCUACUUUAUUGCCUUAGCCACUGGAGCUAUCAUAGUCACACCACUCGGUUGGCUCUAUGCAGUAUCUAACUACCAACUUCCGAUUGGCACGUUUAACGAGUUGAUCUAUGGCGUCUGCGUUUCUGCCAUCAGCGGUCACAAAAAUCCAACUGGUGCUACUAUUUACAGCUCCAUAGCAGGUGACGCCUGGUAUAGGGCACAGUACAUGCUCCAGGACCAGAAGAUCGGCCACUACAUGCACAUCCCACCCAAGGCAACCUUCUUCUCGCAGAUCUUCGGCUGCACAAUCGGUGUACCUAUCAACUACGGCGUCGUAAAGUGGGUUCUGUCCUCAAAGCGUGACAUUCUCCUCGGCUUAGAGAAAGACCCUACGCACCAGUGGACCGCUCAACAUCUCUCGUCUUCUCUCUCGACCUCCGUCGAGUAUGUCAUCAUCGGACCUACAAAGAUGUUCCAACAAUCCUCCUUCAAGCCUGUCCCCUACGGCUUCAUCGUCGGCGCCCUCGCCCCUGUCAUCAUGUUCGCCCUCCACAAAUUCUUCCCCAACAGCAAGUUAAAGUUCCGCCUCUGGAACACCACAAUCUUCUUCUCUUGUGUGUCCAACUUUUACGGAAACGUUUCCACUGGCUACACCUCCGCCUUUAUCGGUGGCUUUAUCGUCAUGUUCUGGGCAUUCAGAUAUCGCAACAAGUUGUGGGCGAGAUACAACUACCUCAUGGGUGCUGCAUUUGAUGCUGGGUAUAAUUUGAAUUUGCUGUUGGUUUUCUUGUUCUUUGGUUCGGGGAAGAUUAUUAGCAUGCCGUAUUGGUGGGGCAAUAAUGAGCAGAGCAGUGAGAGGUGCUUUGCUUUGGAUUGAAGUGGGAGACGAGAUGUAUAGAUGAUGAUGACGACGUUUAGAUGAUGACAAUAUAAUAUAGACAUUCCCAAACUCAUGAGUCUGUUCGCU